UCCACCGCAGAAGAAGGGGAAAAAUGAUUGCGGGGAAGAUGGCGCCUGGCGGAUGGAAAUCCUAAUGACGGUUUCCAAAAUCGCCUCUUUUUGUACCAUGGGCGCCAAUGCCUCCGCGUUGGAAAAAGACAUCGGCCCAGAGCAGUUCCCCGUCAACGAGCACUACUUCGGAUUGGUCAACUUCGGGAACACCUGCUACUGUAACUCGGUGCUGCAGGCCCUGUAUUUCUGCCAGCCGUUCCGGGAGAAGAUCCUGGCCUACAGGUGCCAGCCACGGCGCAAGGAGAACCUGCUCACCUGCCUGGCCGACCUGUUCCACAGCAUCGCCCACCAGAAGAGGAAGGUGGGCGUCAUCCCGCCCAAAAAGUUCAUCACCCGCCUGCGCAAGGAGAAUGAGCUGUUUGAUAACUAUUUGCAGCAGGAUGCCCAUGAGUUCCUGAACUACCUGCUGAACACCAUCGCGGACCUGCUGCAGGAGGAGAGUAAGCAGGAGAAGCAGAAUGGGCGUCUGCCCAAUGGCACGCUGGACUCCCAGAACAACAACAGCCCCCCUCCCACCCCCACCUGGGUGCACGACAUCUUCCAGGGCACACUGACCAAUGAGACGCGCUGCCUGACCUGCGAAACGGUCAGCAGUAAAGAUGAGGAUUUCCUGGACCUUUCGGUUGAUGUGGAACAGAACACCUCAAUCACACACUGUCUCAGGGGUUUCAGUAACACAGAGACUUUGUGCAGUGAGUAUAAGUACUACUGUGAGGAGUGCAGAAGCAAGCAAGAAGCUCACAAGAGGAUGAGGGUGAAGCGCUUGCCGAUGAUCCUCGCUCUGCACCUGAAGCGCUUUAAGUACAUGGAGCAGCUGCACCGCUACACCAAGCUGUCCUAUCGCGUGGUCUUCCCCCUGGAGCUCCGUCUCUUCAACACCUCCGGUGCUGCCACCAAUCCCGAGCGCCUCUACGACCUGGUCGCCGUUGUGGUGCAUUGUGGGAGUGGUCCGAAUCGAGGACACUACAUCGCCAUCGUGAAGAGUCACGACUUCUGGCUGCUGUUUGAUGAUGACAUCGUGGAGAGGAUCGAUGCUCAGGCUUUAGAGGAGUUCUAUGGUCUCACCUCUGAGAUUUCCAAAAACUCUGAGUCCGGUUACAUCCUGUUCUACCAGUCACGAGACUGAGAGGAGGGCGCCCCCGUGUGGAGGGCUGAGGAGGUGCACGGAGCCUCCCGGCAGUCAGACGCUUGUAAGAGAGCGGAACGCCCCCGCUGUUCAUGCACUGUACCUGAGGCUAGUUCACCCCUUCCCCUGUACAAGCCAGCGUGCUGUAUCAGUCAGGUUGUAGUUCUCAUCAUUCAGUGUGGGGUUGUGUGAACGUUGCAUGGAUGUUGUGUGAAUGUCGUUUGGUGGGGGCGAUCUUUGUGUUUCUCUCCUGGGCUGGGGUUUCUUCAGGGAGGGGCUUCUACCACGGUUCCUUUUUUUGCUGAAAUGCAUUCGAUGACAGCACACCUUGUACUCUACAUCAUGUUCAGAUGGUGCCCUUUGACCUGUGACCUGUGAGCAGUGCAUGCCCUGCCCUGGGGGGGUACUGGGGGGGUUCUGGGGGAGGACUCUAGGAAGGGGGGAGAGGUGGUAGGCAGCAUCUCCUCUGUUGUACGUUUUGGGGUAAAUAUUUCUACAAGAGACAAUGUACAGUAUGUUAUUUCUGUAAAUAUUAAGGUAAUAAUAUUAUCAGAGGAAAAGGUCUGGUAUAAAAGGGGAAUAUGACUAAAGAGCCCUUUGAUACAGAUCUGUAGUUCCCGGCAGGUCUUUGUCAGAGAUUUGCUUCAGACAGCCUGGAUGUGAAACCAUUUUCUGUUUUAAAGAAAAUUAAUAAAAGUGAAUAAAUACAAGU